AAAUUACAUGACCAGACGUUCGGCUUUUCUAUAUUUCUGAAUUAAUGCGCUCUCUUUCGGUGAUUUCUUGUUCAGGAUGAAUUUUGAUGAAUGAAUAAUCUUCCCUGCUCAUUUUCCAUGACGUGCUCUUUUCGUAUAACAGGUGACAAGGAAAACCAAGUCCAAAUGUUUCCAUGGCGGACGAAUCGAAAGAUCCCAUCAAAAACUCAGAAAACAAGCUACGAGCGGCUACUGAGGUUUUCCAGCGCAAAUAUCGCUCAAUGUCCACUUAUGGGGAACAAGUCAUCGAUGAUGCAAACCGUUCGAAGAAAGCGCUUUUCUGUUUACCGGAAGACAACCCUGUAAGAUUCUACUGCAAAAAGAUCGUCGAAUCCAAAAAGUUUGAAUAUUUCAUUUUACUGACUAUCGCCGCAAAUUGUGUCGUUCUAAUGUUGGAAGAGCCACUACCCAAUGGAGAUACAACAGAUCGCAACAAAAAACUGGAAGAAUCUGAAAAGUAUUUUGUUAUCAUUUACUGUAUUGAGGCUGCAACGAAGAUUAUUGCUAAUGGAUUUCUGCUUCAUAAGGAUGCGUACCUGCGAAAUGGCUGGAAUAUCUUGGAUUUUGUGGUGGUUGUCGUUGGGUUGGUUGGUAUGAUAUCUGACCUGGAGAUUUCAGGAGAUGGUGAUAGCAACAGCAUCAAAGAAUCUGAGUCGCUGAAGGUCCUCCGGGCAGUGCGAGUGCUCCGUCCCCUUAAAAUAGUUUCUGGAAUACCAAGCCUUCAAGUUGUAAUGAAGUCAAUAGCAAGAGCCAUGAUUCCUCUGCUUCAGAUCUUAUUCUUAAUUUUAUUUGUUAUCGUAAUCUAUGCUAUAGUAGGGUUAGAGCUUCUUCACGGCAAGUUUCACCUUACAUGUUAUGACGCCAUAACAGGUGAACUCGAUACAAAGUUUACUAGUCCACGUGUUUGCAGCCCACCGGGAAAGGGAGGCCGACCCUGUGAACCAGGCCUUAACUGUACAAGCAAGGAAUCGGUUUGGAGUGGACCAAAUAAGGGCAUAAGCACGUUUGAUAAUAUUUUUCUGUCAAUGUUAACAGUAUUUCAAUGUAUCACAAUGGAGGGAUGGACAGAUAUCAUGUAUCACAGUUACGAUGCCAGAGACUAUAACGCCCGCGUGGUGACUUCAAUCAUCUACAUAUCGUUAAUCAUCAUUGGUUCAUUCUUUAUGCUUAAUCUAGUUCUUGGUGUUUUAAGCGGUGAGUUUGCGAAAGAAAGAGAAAGAGCUGAAAAUCGACGGACAUUUUUCAAGUACCGCAGUCGAGAGAAAAUAGAAAGACAAGUUAAUGCUUACACUGACUGGAUAGGGAGAGCGGAGGAUAUACUAUUAAGGGAAGAAAGAGAAAAGCACGGAGUUGGUGAAGGUGGUCCAAGAGACCCAUUGAAGAAGCGCUACAGUCUGUCUGACUCAAUCAUGCAUCUCAUAGAGGAUCAUGGGGAAAUGGUGAAGUAUCUCAGAAACAAGUCUGAAAGUUCCAGUACGAUGCGGAAAGUCAAGAAAAAAGAAAAGUUAUUGCGAAUCCAAGUUCGUCACAUGGUUAAAAGUCAAGUUUUCUAUUGGUCGGUUAUAGUGUGUGUUUUCCUCAACACCGUGCUGAUGUCUGUUGAGCAUUAUGGACAACCUGAUUGGCUGGAGAAGUUUCAAGAAAUUUCAGAAUAUGUCUUUCUCAGCAUAUUUAUAGCCGAGAUGCUAUUAAAAAUGUAUGGCCUGGGCCCGAGAGUGUACUUCAAGUCGGCGUUCAACAGAUUUGACUGUGCGGUUGUUCUUGGAGGGAUUAUAGAGAUAGUUGUACAGACAUUUACUGAUUAUAGCUUUGGUAUAAGUGUUCUUCGUAGUCUUCGUCUUCUAAGAAUUUUUAAAUUUACGAGGUUUUGGGCUUCAUUACGUAACUUUGUGACGUCAUUGUUAAACAGCAUGCGGUCCAUCCUCAGCCUCAUUUUCCUUCUGUUUCUUUUCAUCUUCAUAUUUGCUCUACUUGGUAUGCAGCUCUUUGGUGGAAAGUUUAGUGAACGUCACGAUGCUCCACGAACCAACUUCGACAACUUCCUGAAGGCUAUGCUGGCAGUUUUUCAGAUUAUGACCGGAGAGGACUGGAAUGCCGUGAUGUAUGAUGGGAUAGUUGCAUCAAAAGGACCGCAUACAAUCACGGGAAUGUUAUCAUCAUUGUAUUUUGUUUCGCUAGUGAUUCUGGGAAAUUACACGUUACUAAAUGUAUUUUUAGCCAUCGCAGUAGACAACUUGGCAAACGCACAGGCCGUGACGCAAGACGAAAAAGAGGAACAAAGACAGCUAGAAGCCAUGAGAAAAAAGAGGCUUGAAAAAAAAAGGGACGGAUGGGCUAAAGCUCGGCAGAUUCCUGUUCUUAUGGCCAUAAAAAAUAUUAACCAUAGCAAAAAUGACAACGACAAUCCAUUUCACAACAUGAAACCAGUGUAUCCAUCUUUGGAUCAUGUGUCUCCAAGGGGAGCGAGAUGGAACAAGAAGUCAGCUUUAAGGGUGAAGAUUUCCCAAGAUGGUAAAUUUCCUCAGGCUACGAAUGGACAAAUGUCGAACGGCAAUUCCAAAGAAAACCCUGACAAAGAAGAGGAAGGAGAAGAUACAGAGAACAGUGUUCCUCGUAGAACGUUACUCAGCUUGCGUGAUGCGGGGCGUAUUAUACGGAGACGUAACAUUCACAGAAACGUACCAAUCAUACGAAAGAGUUCCAUGUUUAUUUUUGGUCCUGAUAAUCCUAUUCGCCAGGCUUGUCACUGGGUUGUAAAUCUUCGAUAUUUUGAUGACUUCAUUUUGGCGGUCAUUUUAAUCAGUAGCGUGUUAUUAGCAAUAGAAGACCCAGUCCACCCGGAUGCAUCAAGAAACAAGGUUAUUCGUUAUUUUGACUAUGGUAUUACAGGGAUCUUUGCGUUAGAAGUUCUAGUAAAGAUGAUCGACCUUGGUGUGAUACUUCACAAGGGAUCUUAUCUGAGAAGUGGAUGGAAUGUCAUCGAUGCCUUCGUUGUGGGCUGUAAUAUUGCUGCCUUGCUGUUAGACAUAGGAACUGACGACAACUUACAGAAGGAUGCUAUCAAGUCAUUUCGUGUUUUACGAGUGCUCAGACCUUUGAAGGCCAUUAACAAGUCAAAAAAACUUAAGGCUGUGUUCGAGUGCAUGAUGUAUUCUUUAAAGAAUGUACGCAACAUUCUCCUCAUCACGUUAUUGUUCUACUUCAUAUUCGCUGUGGUUGGCGUGCAGUUGUUUAAGGGGAAAUUUUGGUAUUGUACAGAUCUUUCGAAGAUGACGAAUGCAACUUGUCAAGGACAAUACUUCAAGUACAAUGUUGCCAUCAACAGUAAAAUAAGUCUGGAUAAUUUUGAGGUUAAAGACAGAGAGUGGAAGAAACACAAGUUUAACUUCGACAACGUACCACAUGCCAUGUUGGCUUUGUUUUCCUCUUCUACUGGGGAGGGGUGGCCUCAAGGAAUGUAUCACACUGUUGACGCGACCAAAGAGGAUCAAGGGCCUAUCAAGGAUUACCAAAUCCAGAUGUCUUUGUACUAUGUCUGUUUUGUUGUUGUGUUUUCUUUCUUCUUUUUAAACAUGUUCGUAGCUCUGAUCAUUGUUACAUUUCAAGAGCAAGGAGAAAAAGAAAUGGAUGGAUGUGAACUCGAUAGAAAUCAGCGAGAUUGCAUUCAGUUCGCCAUGACAGCCAAACCAAGACAACGUUACAUGCCGGAGGAUAAAAACACUUGUGUUUAUAAAGUGUGGAAGGUUGUGGACUCCAAACCCUUUGAAAUCUUUAUCAUGGCCACUAUUGUUCUCAACGCAAUAGUUCUUAUGGUCUCGUAUGACGAUGCUUCUCCUCAGUAUGAGAGAAUCCUCAUCAAUUUAAACGCCGCUUUCACUUUCGUGUUUCUGUCCGAAGCCAUUUUGAAGCUGAUAGCGUUUAGACAGAAUUACUUUCGAGAUUUCUGGAAUGUGUUUGACUUCAUCAUUGUCAUCACCACUUUGGUCGGCGUAAUCCUAGAAUUAAACUCAACCACCCAAAAGGCCAGUGACGCCCUUCCAGUAGACCCGAGUUUUUUCCGACUCUUUCGAGCUGCUCGGCUGGUAAAACUACUGAGACAAGGAUACACCAUACGAAUUCUAUUGUGGACAUUCCUACAGUCAUUCAAGGCGCUGCCUUAUGUGGUCAUUUUACUUGGUAUGUUGUUUUUCGUCUACGCUGUCAUCGGAAUGCAGUUGUUUGGCAGGAUUCGCCCGAGUGAGGACUGGAGCAAGCAAAUAAACCAUCAUAACAAUUUCCGGAACUUCUUCAUGGCACUUCAAGUCCUGUUCAGAGCAUCCACAGGCGAGAACUGGCAUAAAAUAAUGCUGGACUGUUUUGACGAUGCCAAGUGUGAUUCUGAUGAAAACAGAAGUUGUGGCAGCACUGUCGCUUCCAUUAUCUAUUUCUGUACUUUUUACUUUUUUUGCACGUUCUUGAUGCUAAAUCUCUUUGUUGCUGUUAUUAUGGACAACUUCGAGUAUUUGACUCGUGACGAGUCCAUUCUAGGCCCUCAUCACCUGGACGAGUUUGUGAGAGUCUGGUCCGAAUAUGACCCAGGUGCCACAGGACGGAUUCCACACACAGAGGUGUACCGCUUGAUGUGUGACAUGUCUCCCCCGGUGGGGUUUGGAAGAAAAUGCCCAAAGUUUAUCGCCUAUAAGCGUCUGAUAAAGAUGAACAUGCCAAUCAUGGGCGACAACACGGUCUUAUUCACAUCCACCUUGUUUGCGCUCAUCAGAACAGCGCUUGGGAUAUUUAGCACAGGAGACCCAGCAUACGCCGACAGUGAACUUAGAAGAACGAUAAAAAUAUUGUGGCCAAAAACGUCCAAGAAGAUACUGGAAAAGAUGAUUCCUCUUCAGUCAGUUUUGAGUUCUCAGCAGAUGACCAUUGGUAAGAUCUACUGCGCGAAACUGAUUUACGAAAACUACAAACACAUGAAGAAGAAGCGCCUUGAGAAAAAGAAAAAAAGGCCUUCAUUGUUUCGUCGGCUUGUCGGAGCCCUUCGAAGUGGUAACUCUAACUCUGAUGACGAAGAGGGAGAAAUCGAUACUCCUUCGGAUUACUUGACGACAACAAGAAGACGAUCAAAGACAUUAACAGCUCUUCCGACAAUGAGCAAAGAAAAAGAAGAAGUGUUAAAUUCCAAGCGCCGGAUGCAUCGCUCAUUAAAGUUCUUCAGUAGAAGGCCAUUUGGACGAUCAGACAGUUACAGUGAAGAUGAAGACUUUAGAGGAAUCAACAAGUCUGUUCACUUCAAGGAUGCUCCGAUGGAUCUCACCGACAUCAACCCAACUAUUAUCAGCACUGACACGGAAGACGAGGACCAAGUUGACGGCGCAUGCCCUAAACUGAAAAGGAAACCAUCCAAACUCAGCUUUAAGAACCCAGUGGCUCUGGAAGACGAGAUGGAGACAGCAAGUUCUGAGAGUCGCUCACGUUCUUCCACCGGACUUUCCUCCCCACUCUCUCUACCCAUGGUGAAAAUAGAAGUGACAUCACCACAGCCAUCUGGUGCUCAGGGACCUGGAGAGGAGCCGGCCCAAAGAUUAGCAGGAGAUCGAUCGUUAAUGCUUCUUGAUUUCCCGGAUGUGAUUAAAUCAGCAGAAAGCAGUCCUCGACACUCGCUGAUACCACUUAGUGAAUUUUACGAGUCACAAGGAAGAACGUUAAAUGAUCGAAGAACUAGAGAAAUAAUCAAUCAAAUAAAUGUUGAAGUAGCGCAAGCGGUUAACAGAGGACAAAGUCCGUAUUAUAUUUAUGGAAUAAUGGACAAUGACGAAGAAACCUGGUGCUGACGUUUUACCGUAAUCUGGCAUUUGAGGUUUUCAUUGAUCAUAAGAAAGAAAAUGUCACCGAAGGGAAUUGUCCAAAGAAGACCAAAUGCAAAGUGGUUGGAAGUUUGGACACAAACUGAAAUGCUAUAUUGGAGAAAAGCUGCUAACCUGGAGAGAAACUUGAACGUGUUCCAGUGGACAGGGAACCUUACACACAAGUGGAUUGAAAUUCAAUCAUUUGAGAUGCAACGUUCGUUACGCUAACAUAUUUUUGGGAAGCAAUUUUAUUUUAUUUCGCUGCUUUUUUUUCAUAAGUUCGUUUUUGAUAAAUUUACUAUGCAUAAAAACUGUUGUCGGACAAUAAUUUUGCAAAAAAAA